UUAAACCGAAAAAACCUACUAAAAUCUCUUGUUCUUCAUAUUCCCCAAAGAAAAAUUUGUCCUAAAAUUUCCCAAAGAUUCUUCCUUUAAGAAUCUUUUUAUCACUUGUAAAACUUCCAAAAAUUUGUUUUUUUAUAGUUUUAAAACUCAAGAUUUAGCUGUGGGGUUGCUGGGAAUCCAUUGAAGAAGCUAUGGUGAAGGAGGAUAGCAAUGUUUUGGACCUGUUCUUGAAAAUUGGGUUGGAUGAAAAAACUGCUAAAAAUACUUUGGCAAACAAUAAAGUCACCACUAAUCUCACUGCUGUUAUUCACGAGGCAGCUGUGACAGAUGGUUGUGACCGAGCUGUGGGCAACCUGUUGUAUACGGUUGCUACAAAGUUUCCAGCCAAUGCACUUAACCAUCGGCCCACAUUGCUUCAGUACAUUGUAUCUACAAAGAUUAAAACCCCUGUGCAGUUAGAAGCUGCAUUUGCCUUUCUUGCUUCAACCGCCUCUGAAAAUCUGAAGGUCCAUGAUUUUGAAGAGGCUUGUGGUGUUGGAGUUGAGGUAUCCAAGGAUGAUAUUGAACGUGCUGUCAGGGAGGUCUUUGAAGAGAAGAAGACCAAUAUACUAGAACAGCGUUAUAGAAUCAAUGUUGGUGAACUCUUUGGUCAUGUGCGGAAGAAGUUGCCGUGGGCAGAUCCGAAAGUGGUCAAGGAAGUAGUUGAUCUGGAGCUGUAUAAAUUACUUGGGGAAAGAACUGCCGCAGAUAAUGAAAAGCCUGUUAAAAAGAAGAAAGAGAAGCCUGCAAAAACUGAGGAUAAAGCAAAAGUUGAGGAGACCUCUGCACCUAAGCAGUCCGAAGAAGAACUAAACCCAUACUUGAUCUUCCCCACACCGGAGGAAAAUUAUAAGGUGCAUACAGAAGUAUAUUUCAGUGACCGGCCUGUGCUUCGAGCGUGUAAUUCCAAAGAACUACUUGAAAAGCAUUUGAAAGUGACUGGAGGAAAAGUUCUGACGCGCUUUCCACCUGAACCUAAUGGAUUCUUACACAUUGGACAUGCGAAGGCUAUGUUUGUGGACUUUGGUCUGGCAAAAGAAAGAGGUGGUGGCUGUUACUUGAGGUUUGAUGAUACCAACCCUGAAGCUGAGAAGAAAGAGUACAUCGAUCAUAUCAAAGAAAUUGUUGGGUGGAUGGGAUGGGAGCCUUUCAAGAUCACUUACACUAGUGAUUAUUUCCAAGACCUUUAUGAGCUGGCGGUAGAGUUGAUAAGAAGAGGCCAUGCAUAUGUUGACCACCAGACAGCUGACGAGGUAAAAGAAUAUCGGGAGAAGAAGAUGAACAGCCCUUGGAGAGAUAGGCCUAUAGAAGAGUCCUUAAGAUUGUUUGAUGAAAUGAAGAAGGGGAUGAUUGAUGAAGGCAAAGCGACAUUGAGGAUGAAACAGGACAUGCAGAAUGACAAUUUCAAUAUGUAUGACCUCAUUGCAUACCGUAUCAAGUUCACUCCUCAUCCGCAUGCAGGGGAUAAAUGGUGCAUCUACCCAAGUUAUGAUUACGCCCAUUGCAUUGUUGAUUCUUUGGAAAAUAUCACUCAUUCGCUUUGCACCCUGGAGUUUGAAACCCGCCGUGCAUCAUAUUACUGGUUGUUGGAUGCCUUAAGCCUUUACCAGCCUUUUGUUUGGGAAUACUCACGGUUGAAUGUGUCCAACACUGUGAUGUCAAAGCGUAAAUUGAACCGUCUUGUAACAGAGAACUGGGUUGAUGGCUGGGAUGAUCCUCGUCUUAUGACAUUAGCAGGAUUGCGACGUAGAGGGGUAACUUCGACAGCAAUAAAUGCUUUUGUUCGUGGGAUUGGAAUAACUAGAAGUGACUCUAGUAUGAUACAGCUAAGUCGCCUGGAAUACCAUAUAAGAGAAGAACUAAAUAGAACAGCUGCUCGGACACUAGUUGUGCUAAAUCCCCUUAAGGUUGUCAUCACAAACCUUGAAGCUGGAUUAGUAAUGGAUCUAGAUGCGAAGAAAUGGCCUGAAGCACCAGCAGAUGACGCUUCGUCGUUUUAUAAGGUCCCCUUUUCUAGAGUUGUGUACAUCGAACGUACAGAUUUUCGUUUGAAAGAUUCUAAAGAUUAUUAUGGUCUUGCUCCUGGAAAAUCUGUCCUAUUGAGGUAUGCAUACCCUAUCAAGUGUACAGAUGUAAUUCUUGCUGAUGACAAAGAGACAGUUCUUGAGAUUCGGGCAGAGUAUGAUCCAUCCAAGACUAUUAAGCCUAAGGGUGUUCUUCAUUGGGUUGCAGAACCUUCACCUGGGGCUGAUCCACUUAAGGUGGAGGUCCGGCUAUUUGACAGGCUGUUCCGCUCUGAGAAUCCUGCCGAACUCGAUGACUGGCUUGGUGAUUUGAGCCCUGAGUCUAAAGUGGUUAUACAAAAUGCAUAUGCUGUGCCCUCAGUUAGUAAGGCUACUCUUGGAGACAGAUUUCAGUUUGAAAGGCUCGGGUAUUUUACUGUUGACAAGGAUUCAACUUCUGAAAAACUGGUCUUUAAUCGGACUGUCACUCUACGUGAUAACUAUGCUAAGGGUGGGAAGUGAAGCUCUUUUUCUGAAGAAAUUGAAGUGUGUGAUUGAGAUUAUCUAAUGUAACUUUUCUUUAUAUUUACGUGUACAAAUAGACGAUUUUCAAGUUAUUGAUUUUCCAUGUUUCAUGAUAAUGCUAACUUCAGAUUUGUACAAACAUCUAUACUUCAAAAGACAAUAAAGUUUUGGUAGCUCAGUCUUUGUUA